UCUCUCUCUCUGUGUUUUAUAUCUCACUUGAAGCUUCUAAUUAACCUUCUCAUUUCUUGGUGAACUCUAGAAUUGAGAGUUUUAGGAUUUUUUUUAUCUACAUUUUAGUGACGACAAUAAAGUCUUGAUUGAGCACAAGGUGAAUUUGACUUCUCAAAUCUGAAAGAAAUGAAGCCGAAUAAUGCUCGAACAAAGAAAGUGACUGAGGGGCCACCGGGUUGGAUGGUGGAAUCAAGGCCUCGCACUAAUGAGAAAUAUCUAGGGAAAAUUGACUGGUUCUAUUAUGAGCCAGGGACAGGCAAACAAUACCGAUCACAUUCAAAAGCAUGGGCUCGUUAUUAUGAAACUCAACAACAAAUUGUUGUGUUUGUGCCAAAAGAGGAGGAGACGGCACACAAUCCAAAUAUGGAAUUUGCAAACAUGAAAGACAAAACUAGAAGAUUCAAUGUUGGCAAAAUGCCUGACUCAGUUACAUGGGUUUUAACUGAUACUGAAUAUAACAAAUGGACCACUUAUAUUGAGGAUGAAAUGGUCCUAGAAGAUGAGCAAAUAUUAUGGGCUGAAACCUUUGAAUUUGCAAUGGUAUAUAAACAUUGGCCUGAUAGUAAAGGUAUUGACAUGUGUCCACAGCCAUGAGUAUCGGACGGACUAUUCUUUGUUGUUUGCUUUUGAGCAUGUUAGCAUAGAUCUUUGGGUAAUAUGAUAUAUAUGUGCACCUUAUUUAUUUUGGACAUACUUCAUCGUAAACUAUUUUAUGAUUUGUAACUAAAUGUUGUA